CUAAGAUUUGAUAUAUUUGUUACUUUCCAGGGACUGUAGAAGUUGGGUUUACCUGCUUACGCAAUGUCUUCAUCUCCUGUUUAUCCUUGUACCCUGCAUAAGGGUGCAGUUGGUUUUAGAGUAGCAGCUAUUUCUGCAACAAAAUGCCACCAACAGUUAUGGCGAUCUUUUUCUGGUCUCCCAUGUAAACCAUCACCUAUUUCUAUAUACCCAACGCACUCAGGGUUCUUUCCUGAGAAGCGAUUGCUGUGGGGACAUACUGGAAGAAGCUUACCAAUUGAUGGAAACCAGUGUGAGGCAGUAAGCUUUGAAAAAUCAUGUUCAUUUCAAGUAGGGGAAAAGUUUCAACUCGGUGAUGUGAUUGAGGCACAACAGUUUGACAGAGAUAUAUUGAGUGCCAUAUUUGAAGUGGCGCGUGAGAUGGAGAACAUUGAGAAGAACUCUUCUAGAAGCAAGAUUUUGAAGGGCUAUCUAAUGGCUACUCUUUUUUAUGAACCUUCAACAAGAACUAGGCUUUCCUUUGAGUCUGCCAUGAAGCGUUUGGGUGGUGAAGUUUUGACAACGGAAAAUGCGCGUGAGUUUUCAUCAGCAGCAAAAGGAGAAACCCUGGAAGAUACUAUAAGAACCAUUGAAGGGUACUCGGAUAUUAUAGUGAUGAGGCAUUUUGAAAGUGGUGCUGCCAGAAGGGCAGCAGCUACAGCAAGCAUUCCUGUUAUUAAUGCUGGGGAUGGUCCAGGGCAGCAUCCAACACAGGCACUUUUGGAUGUAUACACCAUUGAAAGAGAGAUAGGGAAAUUAGAUGGCAUCAAAGUUGGACUUGUUGGGGAUCUUGCUAAUGGGAGGACUGUCCGAUCGCUGGCUUAUCUGCUAACCAAGUACCAAGAUGUGAAAAUCUACUUUGUCGCACCAGAUGUAGUAAAGAUGAAAGAUGACAUAAAAGACUAUCUGACGUCAAAGGGGAUUCAAUGGGAAGAAAGUGAUGAUCUGAUGGAAGUAGCUUCUAAGUGUGAUGUGGUCUAUCAGACACGUAUUCAGCGAGAAAGAUUUGGGGAGAGAAUUGGCCUGUAUGAAGAAGCCCGAGGGAAGUAUAUUGUUGAUCGAGAUGUGUUGCGCAGAAUGCAAAAGCAUGCUGUUGUCAUGCAUCCCCUCCCAAGGCUUGAUGAGAUAACUGUUGAUGUUGAUGCGGAUCCAAGGGCUGCAUACUUUAGACAGGCCAAGAAUGGUCUCUAUAUCCGGAUGGCUCUUUUGAAGCUUCUGCUAGUUGGUUGGUGAGGAUGGAUGAGAAACAUACUUACCCUCCCCCCUCCCCCUUUUUAAAUAAACAGCUAAUGCUUCUCUACUUUAUGGUAACACAUGGACAAAACAAGAUAUAUUUUUGAUAAAUAGAAAUCCCAAAAAAAGGUUUGGGCUUCUAACAGUUUUGUGUUUGUUACUGAGCUUAUUCCAG